GAUGGAGCUGUUGGCUGGGGGUGUUUAAUUUAUGAGCCUAAGGUCCAAAACCCUGAUUGGAGUGAGUACUUUAUCAUAACAAGUUGCAAACUCAUUCCAAAAGAGAACUUUGAUGCUGAGAAAUAUCAAGUGGAGUUUACAAAACCAAAUUCAAAACUGAAAUGUUUUCAAUUGGAAGGUAUCAUCAAGAAGAAUCCACUUUAUGACACCUCUGGAUUGGUUGUGAUUUUUGUUGAUUCUGAGUGUUCAGACCUAAACCAUGGCCGAUUUAGACACAAGCAUAGCAGUAUCUUAUAGGAUCUUGAACCUAAGAUAGGUGUAAAGGAAAGCAAACCUCUGUUCUGUUAUAUUGAAAGUAAUCGAUUCAAAUACAUGCUUGAGAAACUUGUUCCUAAAAAAGAUGGUAGUUGCCUACCCAGCCAUGCAGAGUGUUGCUCGACUGUCUUACUGGAAGGUGAGAGGAACACUAAUUUAAAAGCAGUUGGAAUUCUAAACUUUGAGGUCAAUGAGCAGCAGCUCACAUUUCAUCCAGUUUGGUUCAAGAAAUCAAGAGUAGAAGACAUCUUAGGUUUGCCUGAAAAACCAACCAUCCAAGACGACAAAGACGAGAAAGAUGUGAAGUUCACUCUAACUUGGUUAGCACCAAAUACGAAAUUCACUAAUGUUAGCCCUGAAUACCGCGUGGAAUUGUGGAAAAAACACUUGACAGGAUCCAGCAAACUUUGUCAACAAGGAAGGACUGAUGGAACUCAAUUCAAAACUACCGAUCUUGAGUAUAACUCAGAGUAUGAAGUGAAACUCUUUACCGUCAAUAAACAUGGAGAAAGCGAGCAAGAGGUCGUAACAUUUAAGACAAACACUGGGUUCCCUGAAAAACCAGUCAUCCCAAAGGACAAAUAUGAGAAAGAUGUGGGGUUCACACUAACUUGGCUAGCACCAAAUACAAGCUGCAAUGAUGUCAGCCCUGAAUACCGUGUGGAAUUGUGGAAGAAACACUUGACAGGAUCCAGCAAACUUUGUCGAAAAGGAAGCACUGAUGGAACUCAAUUCAAAAUUACCGAUCUUGAGUACAACUCAGAGUAUGAAGUGAAACUCUUUGCCGUCAAUAAACAUGGAGAAAGCGAGCCAGAGGUCAUAACAUUUAAGACAAAGACUGGUUUGCCUGAAAAACCAACCAUCCAAAAGGUCAAAGGUGAGGUUGAUGUGAAUUUCACUCUAACUUGGCUAGCACCAAAUACUAGCUGCUCUGAUGUCAGCCCUAAAUUCCGUCUGGAAUGGAAAAAGAAACACUUGACAGGAUCCAGCAAACUUUUUCAACAAGGAAACAUUGAUGAAACUCACUUCCAAUUUACCAAUCUUGAGUAUAACUCAGAGUAUGAAGGGAAACUCUUUCCCUUCAAUAAACAUGGAGAGGGCGAGCCAGAGGUCUUCACAUUCAAGACAAAGAAUGGUGUGUACCUAAUUAAUUUCAAUUGA